UCUGUGGUCGCGACAGGCCGAGACAGAGACACCAAAGAGUAGUAUAAUAAUACAGAGAGAGACUGUUGAAGUCUUGAGUAGUUUUUGCUUUUGGAGAAACCGGUGAUAUUAGCCACUGAAAUAUCAUUGGAAUAAGAAUAACUUUAGAUACUAUAAAGCCGACACAUAAUUCUAUUAUUCUACCAAUUCAUUAUUAGGCCAGAACUGUGUUGUGCCUUUCAAUGGAAUAGUCGUUGGAUUAGGUAUUGAUACAACAUGGAUACUUCAAGAACAAGCUCUCCUGGUAUGAUGGCACCAGCGCCAAUGUUGCCACCACCUAUGCUAGGUGGUAUGCCUCCUCCGAUGCCUCCAGCUGUUGCCAUGCCUCCUGUGCCUGGCAUGCCACCAAACAUGGCUGGUAUCCCUCCUCCAAUGGGGUUUCCUCCAAUGAUGCCAUUUUCUAUGCCACCACCUGGUUUUCCACCAUUCAAGCCAGACAUGAGUGCACCGGCUCCUGAAAUAUCACCCAUGGCUAACCAGAACAGUCCAUGGUCUGAGCAUAAAGCACCAGAUGGACGCACAUACUAUUACAAUUCUAUAACAAAGCAGAGCCUUUGGGAAAAACCAGAUGAUUUGAAAACUGCAGCUGAGAAACUUUUGUCAUCUUGUGUCUGGAAAGAGUACACAACAGAUGCUGGCCGUGUUUACUAUCAUAAUAUUGAGACAAAAGAAUCCAGUUGGGUGAUUCCAAAAGAAUUACAAGAUAUCAAAGAUAAAAUUGCAGCCGAAGAGGCAACUCAAACUGGUUUAAAUGCAGAAUUACCUACUGGUGAUGUACCUUUGCCUUCAUCACCUGCCACAGGUGCAACUGGGAGCUCAGCCUUGGAUGAAGCAAUGGCCAAAACUUUAGCUUCCAUUGAUCCUUCUUUAGCUAAUGCCAUUCCGAUACCUGAUGAAAUCAAACCUGAAGAAAUUGCAGCACCACCACUUAUGAAUGGCAGUGAAGGAUCAGAAUUACCACCUGAAUUCCAGUACAAGGAUAAAAAAGAAGCCAUAGAGGCCUUUAAGGAACUUUUGCGUGAUAGGAAUGUGCCAUCUAAUGCAUCAUGGGAACAAUGUGUUAAGAUAAUAUCAAAAGAUCCACGUUACACUACAUUCAAGAAAUUAAGUGAGAAAAAACAAGCUUUCAAUGCUUACAAGACACAAAAGCUUAAGGAUGAGCGAGAAGAACAGAGAUUGAAGACUAAGAAGAAUAGGGAGAAUUUAGAAGAAUUUCUGUUAAGUUGUGACCGGGUGACAUCACUCACUAAAUAUUAUAAAUGUGAGGAAAUGUUUGGGAAUCUUGAGAUUUGGCGCUGUGUACCGGAUUCUGAUCGUCGCGAUAUAUAUGAGGAUUGCAUUUUCACAAUUACCAAACGGGAAAAAGAAGAAGCGAAAGCACUAAAGAAACGCAAUAUGAAAAUGUUGGCUCAGGUGUUAGAGAAUAUGAGUGAAAUUACCUACAACAGUACUUGGAGUGAAGCCCAGGUGUUGCUUCUGGAAAACUCUGCGUUUAAAAAUGAUGUUAGUCUAUUGGGAAUGGAUAAGGAAGAUGCACUGAUAGUAUUCGAACAACACAUAAGAAACUUGGAGGCUGAGUAUACUCAAGAAAAAGAACAGGUCAAGAAAAGGAAUAAACGGCAACAGAGAAAAAACAGGGAUAACUUUUUGGCUUUGCUUGACGGACUGCAUGAAGAAGGCAAAUUAACAUCAAUGUCACUAUGGGUUGAGCUGUAUCCAGUUAUUUCUGCUGAUAUGAGGUUUUCAGCUAUGCUUGGUCAAAGCGGAUCGACGCCGUUAGAUCUGUUCAAAUUCUACGUGGAGAACUUGAAGGCGCGUUUCCACGACGAGAAGAAGGUUAUAAAGGAAAUUCUCAAGGAGAAGCAGUUCGAAGUGAAAGCUGACACCACGUUCGAGGAGUUUGCUACUGUCGUAUGCGAGGACAGCAAGUCAGCCUCGCUAGACGCGGGCAAUGUCAAACUUACAUAUAACUCGCUGCUUGAAAAGGCCGAAGCGCGAAACAAGGAGAAGAUAAAAGAAGAGACGAAAGCGCAGAAGAAGAUCGAGAGCGCGUUCAAGUGGGCGCUAACUGAUGCCGAUGUGGACCACCAGCUCAGCUGGCAGGAGGUGCGCGAGAAACUGGACCUCAAUGCGCCGGAGUUUGCCGCUGUGCCCAAUGAAGAAGACAGGAUUAGGAUAUAUAAGGACUUCCAACAUGAACAAGAGGAUAGCUGUAUGCAUUAUCAUCAUCCAAAGCCAAAGAAAUCGAAGAGAUCAAAGAAGAAGAAGCGAUCUCGCUCUGCGUCUAUGUCGGUAUCGCGAUCGCCGUCGCCAGUUCUGCCACCUCGCUCUGACAGCCGCAGCCGGGACAAGGGCGAGCGAGAGGCAGAUAGAGCUGAGAAGAGUGACCGUGAGAAGGCGGAACCGGGAGAGCUGGAAAAGGGAGAGGUGGAACGCUCGCCAACACCCGCUUCGCCGUCGUCGGACGAUACGCGCAAACAUAAGAAGUCUAAGAAGAAACAUAGGAAACAUUCGCCGCCGCCGAAAUCUCCGACCCCAGAAGAGGGUGGUAUAUCUGAAGAGGAGGUGCCUCGUCCUAAGAAAAAGAGCAAGAGGUCUGCGCCGAGCAGCCCCGAGGACGAGCCCUCGCACAAGCCUAAGAAGAAGAAGGACAAGAAAGACAAGAAGGAACGAUAACCAUAAUAUUCAUGGGGCGCGUUUAGCGGGGCGGUCGUUAGUCAUGUACUCGUAUUAUAAGGCGCGGUAAUUAACGGCUCGUCCAGAAAGGACGAAACGGGCGGACGUUUUGGAUUACAUUGCGAGUGCGUUAGCGUUAGCAAUAUACGCCAAAACGUGCCGGCCAGUAAAUAAUGUGUAUGCAUGCGAAGGUCGGGCGCCGCGGUGCCGGCGUGGAGCGACGCCGAGCUGGAGUCGCGGCGCGCGGCGCUGCUCGCGCAGCUGCACGAGCAGGAGACCGACUGACGUCGCCCGCACAUACACAUCUUCAACGACUACCCGCGCCCGCGCC